AUUCAACAUUCCAAGACUGCCAACCAGACGUAUAAAAGAAAUUGUAGUUGUCGUCCUCAGCAUCAAGCAACACGACCGCAAAGAUGGCAUUUGUUCUUCGCUCGUUGGUCCUCCUUUGUGGAAUCAGUGGACUGCUGACUGGAGUUCGGUCUAUCCCUUUCAGUCAUUGGAAAACAAUCAAUAACUGUCCUACAGGCUGGACUCAGCUGGACUGUCAUUGUUACAUGUACGUAGAUGAAGAGAGGACAUUUGCAGAUGCAGAGAAAGUCUGCCAAAUCCUCAGCGGGAAUCUGGUCUCCAUCCAAAAUGACCUGGAAAAUGGAUUUGUUCUUGAACUCAUUCAAGCAGGUGGUGGUGAGGGUCUAGUCUGGACUGGAUUCAGUGAUGAAGCUUUGGAAGGCACCUUCGUGUGGACUGACAACUCCCCACAGAGGUUCACUAACUUUGAUGGGAUUAACCUUUCAGAGCCUGAUAACAGUGGUAAUUGUGUUGCAAUGGAUGCGAUAGAUGGUCUUUGGCAGGAUAACUCCUGCACAGACGAGAAAACAUUUGUUUGCAUCAGAGAUGUGCUCCAUUACAAACAUUAAUCACUCCUCGUACUCUCCUGUCCUCUGUCACAAUUGAGGUCAUGAUGCCUCAAUGACACAAUAUCAAACUCUUGUUGUGUCUUUGUAUUUAUGGGUGUACUAUCAACUAUACUUUUCUUGUUUUUCGAUAAUGCAAAAUUUUCAUUGACAACAAAUUUGUAAAAGAGCAACUCUCUGUUAAAUGAAAGAAUCCUUUUGAAUCAA